AAACAAUCACUGCUAACAUUUUGGGGUGUAUACUUCUAGAUUUUUUUUCUAUGCAGGAAGAGUCCCUUCCAAUAGCAGGGAAUAGGGAAAGGGGAGCCAGCAAAGAGACAUAGAAACUGUGUCCAAGUCAUUUUCUGGGACCAGGGAUGGAAACGGAUUCUUCUGUGGAGAGACUUGCCUUGGCAGCCUUUUUAUUUACAGCUUCUCUCCAAGAUAAAAUGGCAAACCCCAAAGAGAAAACUCCAAUGUGUCUGGUAAAUGAGUUAGCCCGUUUCAAUAGAGUCCAACCCCAGUAUAAACUUCUGAAAGAAAGAGGGCCUGCUCAUUCGAAGAUGUUCUCAGUGCAGCUGAGUCUUGGGGAGCAGACAUGGGAAUCCGAAGGGAGCAGUAUAAAGAAGGCCCAGCAAGCUGUCGCUAACAAGGCUUUGACUGAAUCUACGCUUCCCAGACCAGUUCAGAAGCCGCCCAAAAGCAGUGUUAACAAUAACCCAGGUAGUAUAACACCAACUGUGGAACUGAAUGGGCUUGCUAUGAAAAGGGGAGAGCCUGCCAUCUACAGGCCGUUAGAUCCAAAGCCUUUCCCAAAUUAUAGAGCUAAUUACAACUUUCGGGGCAUGUACAAUCAGAGGUAUCAUUGCCCAAUGCCCAAGAUCUUUUAUGUUCAGCUGACUGUAGGAAAUAAUGAAUUUUUUGGGGAAGGAAAGACUCGACAAGCUGCUAGACACAAUGCCGCAAUGAAAGCCCUUCAAGCACUGCAGAAUGAACCUAUUCCGGAAAAGUCAGCUCAGAAUGGUGAAUCAGGAAAAGAAAUGGAUGAUGACAAAGAUGCAAAUAAGUCUGAGAUCAGCUUAGUGUUUGAAAUUGCUCUGAAGCGAAACAUGCCCGUCAGUUUUGAGGUUAUUAAAGAAAGUGGACCACCACAUAUGAAAAGCUUUGUUACUCGGGUGUCAGUGGGAGAGUUCUCUGCAGAAGGAGAGGGAAAUAGCAAAAAACUAUCCAAGAAACGUGCUGCAACCACUGUCCUACAGGAGCUUAAGAAACUUCCACCUCUUCCUGUGGUUGAAAAGCCAAAACUGUUUUUUAAAAAACGCCCUAAAACAAUAGUAAAGGCUGGACCAGAAUAUGGUCAAGGAAUGAACCCCAUUAGCCGCCUGGCUCAAAUUCAACAGGCCAAAAAGGAAAAGGAACCAGAUUACGUUUUGCUUUCAGAAAGAGGAAUGCCUCGACGUCGGGAAUUUGUGAUGCAGGUCAAGGUAGGCAAUGAAGUUGCUACUGGAACAGGACCUAAUAAAAAGAUAGCCAAAAAAAAUGCUGCAGAAGCAAUGCUGUUACAACUUGGUUAUAAAGCAUCCACUAGUCUUCAAGAUCAGCUUGACAAGACAGGGGAAAACAAAGGAUGGAGUGGUCCAAAGGCUGGGUUUCCUGAACCAACAAAUAACACUCCAAAAGGAAUUCUUCAUUUGUCUCCUGAUGUUUAUCAAGAGAUGGAAGCCAGCCGCCACAAAGUAAUCUCUGGCACUACUCUAGGCUAUUUGUCACCCAAAGAUAUGAACCAACCCUCGAGCUCUUUCUUCAGUAUAUCUCCCACAUCGAGUAGUUCAGCUACAAUGGCCAGGGAACUCCUUAUGAAUGGAACAUCUCCUGCAGCUGAAGCCAUAGGUUUAAAAGGAAGUUCUCCUACUCCCCCUUGUUCUCCAGUACAACCUUCAAAACAGCUGGAAUAUUUAGCAAGGAUUCAAGGCUUUCAGGUUCACUACUGUGAUAGACAAAGUGGCAAAGAGUGUGUGACCUGUCUGACAUUAGCCCCUGUGCAGAUGACUUUCCAUGCUAUUGGAAGCUCCACUGAAGCCAGCCAUGACCAGGCUGGUUCAGAGCCCUCCCUUCUUGAACCUCCAUGCACUUUUCACUUCUCUCUGGAGCCACCUGGUCAUUGGAUUGUAAACUCCUCGAGGACUGAGGAUCGUCUCCUAAGUCCACGGAAUGGUGCGGAGAAGAGAGUCAAUGGCUAUAUAUCAUAUUAAACUGAUUAAUCAUUUUAGAACAAAUUAUUAUUUUAAAAGUGUAGGGUUGUAGUUCUCUAAAAAGCAAAACAGAGCAACAUUUUAAAAGUUGCCUGUAAUACCAGUUGUUGGUGUUGAGGAUGGCGUCAUGAAUUCAAAUAACAGGGACUGUUCUGGCAGUGCUGGCUGCCAUGCUGUUGCUUUUGCCCAUGGGAUUUAGAAUGUGUCCAUCUGAAUUUGGUCUUGGAAGAAGGAUGAAGUACAAUUAUGAUGUAAAAUUACUAAAUAAUUAAUAGGGUAUGGAAAAAGCAAAUACCUGAAGGUUAUGUCUUUUACUUCUGUCAGAGCCAGUUGUCAAACCUUAUUUUAUUGGAGAAAACUUUGUAGGGAACCUUAAACUAACCUCCAGCGUGCGUAGUUUUUGCAUUUUUAAUUGCCAUUGAGAGCUGACUGCCUUAUCUGGGUCACACAAUGAGCUAGUAGCAAAACCAGGAGUCCCAGGCUGCUUCCUUCUUCAGUGUAGAGCAGGAGACAGAAAAGCAGAACCUUUUCUCUCUAACUUGGGUGUUGGUAAAUGGGACUAACACCCACCUUACAAACGAAGGUAUCAUACAUCCUUUUAUUGUAAGUAAUAGGUGGGUUUGGUAAAACAUUAUUUAGCCGUCCCUAUAUCAGAAUUCAUGUAAUAAAAAUUCAUACAUUAACAAGGUUCUACUGUGCUAGAUUUCCAGUGCUUCACUUAUAUUCCAGAAAGAAUGUUUUAAAGACCGAAGAUAUUCAUAUCCAUCCGGCUGACCUCUAUUCCAUUAUAUGAUCACUUACACUAGAAAUAUAUAUUUGGAACUAACCUUUGCCUUUUAACAUUUCAAGGAAGUUAUGUUAACUUGAACUAAAUUCCAAUGCUCCGUAGCAAUUCUAGAAGCAGCUUCAAAACAAUGACUUCUUCCAUACUCCUGUACUCAUAAAUAUCAAAUUUUUUAAAUUGUUUUUAUAUCCUGUCAUUCUGCUGGCUUCUAAAAUCUUACCAUGUAUUAGCAAUAUCCAAAGGGACCUACUGAUAGGAACAUGGGGACCUGAUGAGCUCACGGUCAUUGUCAUCCCUGAAUUUGUAUGAAAUGUAGCCUUUUAAAUUGUCGUUGACACUAAAAGUGAACACUCAUCGCAUCUUAAUAUGAGACUAACUCUGGACAUGACUGUAUUUUUCUUUUCCUCGCAAAAACUGCUCCCUUGCUGACGCCAUGGCUGAAACAAAAUCCUUAGCAUUUAAAAGUAAAGAGUUAGCAAGAGCAAUGACUCUGUAAACACCACUUCAGUCAGACUCUGAUACCAAAUACAGCGUUAUGUUCGAUGCAUGUGGGCAUGGCCUCAGAAUGUCCCACACAGUGAAUCUCUAAGUCCCGCAUAUCAAUCACACCUCCUUCACAUACCUGGCCUGGAGCCUUAAUGGAAUUCCUCCUCGUUAUUGCAGUGAUAGCUCACUUCCUCUGUUUUUCCAAGCGGCUGCUUAUUGUGCCAACUUCUUCAAGGAGCAUUUUCUUACCUAAGCAACCCUGUAAUGUUGUAAUAUAUGCUGACAGUUCAUUUAUACAGUCCUUCUUGUUCCAAAUGUUUUUAUGUUCAAUUACUGAAAUUUAAUCAUCAGGAGAGAUUGCAUUUUCUCUAGAUCAUGCAGCUUGGCUUAAAUGUGAAGUUAAUAGUACAUUAC